CUCUCGAAAAUGGUCUUUAGGUCUUGUUUGAAGAAUUUGUGUAAUAGAACAAUGGCAAGUAAUUGUCCCUCAAUCUUAUGGCUAACCUAGACGAAGAGGGCUUGUGCUUUUAACAUUUAGAGAAGUUUAAUCAUCGUUGAUGACAGUUUUAUUGAGGCGCGAUUAGCUGUAGCUACUGCAAAGUGAAAAAAAAGACAAAGGGCUUUCAAUAGCUAGAAUGGUUUGGGCCUAAAAGGAAGACAAGAGCAACAUGAACCGUGAGGACCGGAAUGUACUCCGCAUGAAAGAAAGAGAAAGGAGAAAUCAAGAAAUCCAACAGGGAGGAGAGGCCUUCCCCGCCAACUCACCCCUCUUUCCCGAACCUUAUAAAGUUUCCAGCAAAGAGGACAAACUUUCUAGUCGAAUCCAGAGCAUGCUAGGGAAUUACGACGAGAUGAAGGAAACCAUUGGAGAAACUCCUAUGUCUAAGCUUAUGACGAAGGCUUCCGGCUCCUCUUCCUCAGAGGAGAAGUCUCUUUACAGCGAGCAGCGAGGUGGAGCAGGGAGCAGCCAAAGCCAGAGCAGCAAGUGGACUCCGGUCGGCCCCGCGGCCGCCGGCUCAUCUUCCUCCUCGUCCUCUUCCUCCCAGUCUCAGAAACGAUCUGGCCUGCAGGGCAGCCACAGCAGCAGCCAGAGGAGCGGCGGUGGUAGUGGCAGCGGCAGCCAAAGACACGAACGCGACUACAGCAGCGGCAGCAGCAACAGCAAGAAGUCCAGCAAGCACGGGUCUUCGGACCACUCCAAGUCUCACACGUCCAGCCCGGCCAAGAGCUCCAUGAGUUCGGGCGGACACGCGCGCUCUCUGGUCGCCGAGCACCACGGCAAGGAGCGCUACCGCUCCAAGUCGCCGCGGGAACGCGAGGCUAACUGGGAUUCCCCGUCGCGCGUCCACUCGUCCUUCCCGAGCGGCCAGCACUCCAGCCAGGCCUUCCCGCCGUCCCUCAUAUCCAAGCCGGGCUCCAUGCCCCAGAAGCCCACGGCCUACGUGCGACCCAUGGACGGGCAGGAAACGGGAGAGCCCAAGACAUCGUCGGAGACGUACGGCGGCCAGUCGCACAGCAGUGGCAUGGGCGAGAUGAAGGCCAACGGCAAGGCCUCGCUCACCAAGCUCAAGAUCCCUACUCAACCUGUAGAGGGAUCCAUGCCAGGAGACGUGAGCUGUGUCGAUGAAAUCUUAAAGGAAAUGACUCAGUCCUGGCCCCCUCCACUGACAGCCAUUCAUACCCCUUGCAAGACAGAGCCGUCUAAAUUCCCCUUCCCAACCAAGGAUGCCCAGCAUUCAAGCUUUAACAAUGGAGGACAUAAGAGAAGCAUAUCUGGGAAGAGCUCUUCCACUGGACACCAGUCCAAAACAUGUGAUGGAGACCAGGCAAAUAUGCUUCAGGAUGACCUGAAACUGAGCAGCAGCGAGGAGAGUGAUGGAGAGCAAGACUCCGGCAAGAACGUGUCGAGAAACGCCUCUGCCAGUAAUAACAGUAAUAACAGUGAGGGAGUGGAGAGAGAAGACUCCAGCAGCCACAGUGGGUCAGAGAGCAGCUCUGGAUCAGACAGUGAGAGUGAGAGUAGCUCCACUGAGAGUGAGACCAAUGAACCUCCGCGGGCUCCCUCUCCUGAGCCUGAACAGCCCACAGCCAACAAAUGGCAGCUGGACAAUUGGUUCAAAAAAGUGAACAAGUUUUCUCCAGCCUCCCCCGUGGACAGCAGCAGCAGCAGCACCCCCAUGAAAUACAAGAAAGAGGGUCGCGAUGCGGGCUCAAGCCGCGCCUACAGCGGCCAGGGGGGCGCCAAAGACUCCGCCCUGGCUCCGUCCCGGGAUCUGCGGCCCAACCAGAAGGGUUCGGAGAGCGGACGCGGCCGGCAGAAGUCGCCGGCCCAGAGCGAAGGCGGCACGGGCCAGCGGAGGACUGUGGGUAAGAAACAGCCCAAAAAGCCAGAGAAGCCACCCGUGGUGGAAGAGCCCAAAGGCGGGCUGAAGGUAGAGAGCGAGCCCACACCCGAAAUACCUCCUCACCGGGCGCGCGCGCCCAACAAGGGCCUCCGCAAGCCCAACAUCAAGAAGGACUUAAAAUCCUCGCCGCGCCCCGCCCAGGAGAAACGCAAGCCGAAAGCAUCGAGCAAGAAUUCGCCCAAGUCCCGAGAGUUCGUCGUGGACUCUUCGUCGUCGGACUCGGAAGGCAACGAGAGCAUCCCGUCCUCCUCGCAGACGCCAAAGUACACGGAGAGCAUCCGGACCCCCGUCUGCGUGUUCUCCCCCAUGGAGGAGAAGGAGCUCCUGUCUCCCCUCAGCGAGCCAGAGGAGCGCGUCCCUCCCAAGCUGAUGGUGAAGAUAGACCUGAGCAUGCUCUCCAGGGUGCCCGGGAGGCCGUACAAGGACACGGAGGUCAAACUGGAGAGAGACGUGACGGCCGAGAGAGAGGGAAAGGACUUUCAGAAGCAGACCAGUGAGAAGAGCACCAGUAAGGGCAAGAGGAAGCACAAGGGCGAUGAUGACGGCCUCAAACAGGAAAAUAAAAAAUCAAGACAGGAAGACAAGUCUUCAUCGCAUCACAAGUCCAGCAGCAAAGACUCGUCCAAACGGGGCGCGGACCGAAAAGAGGAGCCGGUACCGUCUCCCUCCAUGGCCGGCCUGCAGCGGACGCCCAAGUCAGAGCACCAGGCCCGCAAGCGCACGGCCAGCCAAUCCUCUGCCUCCCUCUCCAGCACGGCCAGUAGCAGCAAAGAGGGCGGGCACAGCGGGAAGAGUAGCUCCACCUCCAAACACCGUAAACUGGAGGACAAACAGGGGCGUGGCACCAGGGAGGGCAAGGAGAAGAGCUCAAAGACGUCGGAGAACCAGCUGGCUGUUCCGCCGCUUCCCGCUGACGGCUCCAAAUCGAUGAGGUCCAAACUCAACUUUGAGGACAGGGUGCACUCUGCCGACCACUACCUGCAGGAAGCUAAGAAGCUGAAGCACAAUGCAGACGCUUUGAUGGACAGGUUUGAGAAAGCCGUGUACUAUUUGGACGCCGUUGUGUCCUUCAUCGAGUGCGGCAAUGCCCUGGAGAAGAGUGCCCAGGAGGCCAAAUCCCCCUUCCCCAUGUACGCCGAGACGGUGGAGCUGAUCAAGUACACUAUGAAACUGAAAAGCUACAUGGCUCCAGACGCUACGUCGGCAGAUAAAAGGCUUGCAGUGCUGUGCCUACGCUGCCAGUCCCUCCUCUACCUGCGGCUGUUCAAACUGAGAAAAGAGAGUGCACUGAAAUACUCCAAGACACUUACUGAACACUUGAAGAACUCAUUGAGUAACACUCAAGCUCCUUCUCCAGGAAUGGGAAAUAAAGCGGCAGGCAUGCCCUCCCCAGUGUCGCCCAAGCUGUCACCGGGCAGCGGUGCGGGUGGAUACUCGUCCAGCAGCUCCAACCCCAGCGGCAGUUCCUCCGUCACCAUUCCACAGCGCAUCCACCAGAUGGCCGCCAGCUACGUACAGGUCACCUCCAACUUCCUCUACGCCACCGAGGUCUGGGAACAGGCGGAGCAGCUGGCCAAGGAGCAGAGGGAGUUCUUUGCUGAACUGGACAAGGCCAUGGGUCCUCUCAUCUUCAACACCAGCAGUAUGACUGAUUUGGUGCGUUUCACGCGACAGGGUCUGCACUGGCUACGGCUCGACGCUAAACUCAUCCCAUAGAACACAACGACAUCGCCAAGGCCACGCGCCGUUUCCGUGACAACGUGCAAACACUCGCAAAAACUUAUCUGCCUCAGACAUUUCUUUGACACUGUGUUCAUUUCGUACACCAGCUUGCCAAAAAAAAAAAAAAACAACCCCACAAAACAAAACAGAAAGACAGAACAAAAAAAAAAAAAAAAACCCAACAAAUAAAGCAGUGAUAGACUUAUAAUGCACACACCAUCAUGAAGUCCCGCCCCCUUAUUAAUAUGUAGUAGGUGGAUGUAUCCAGUCGUCUGCUUGUCAACAGGUUAUUCUUUUAUGUUUUCAGAGAUGUGUUUUUUUUUGUUUCUUCAAAGAGCCAUCUUCAGCAUUGAGUCGUGUCAGGCCUGCUAUGUCCAUUGUACUACAGGUUUUCAUUAUGCUUAUUUUUUUCUUUGUUUUGCUCUGUUAUGAACAUGAAUAAUUGGCUUUUCAGAUGGAUAUUUUUUUUUCAAACCAAAGUACCUCCCUUUAACCAAAGGUGCUUUAAAACUAUCCUUUUUUUUAUCAUUUUCGUGCCUUGUAUUUGAUAUACAGGAAAACUAGGAGCUAUAAUAUGCUGAAAUGCACACGCAGAAAGGUCAGACACAGAACGGAACAGGAACUCUCAGAACAGGAACUCUUUCAGGUGAAGCUGGAGAACCAUAAAAGACUGACGCAGUGGUGACGUGCGUUUGAUGGCAUUCCUGUUCACGCACAGUACACCGACGUGUGGAGCUCGCUGUCAGAAUGAUAUCAUGGCUUGCACAUAUAUAAAUAUAUUUAUGUCGGCAGUCCUCUGUGGUCCUGAGCCGAGGAGUCAGGCGGUCUUUAGUUAAGGCUUUAGCUGUAAUCCCUCUCAGUCUCUCUCAGAUAGGCCACACACUUUUAAUACUAAAAACAAAAUGAUGUGAUGUCCUGAGGCAUUGCCACGCUGAUGGGCAUCAAGCGUCAAAUUUAUAGGUCGCCUUUUUUUG